CCGAUUUCAGAGCACGAGCCGCCCUCUCCUUGGCGCUCCGCUCAGCUUCAUGGGCGCCUGCGGCUCCAAGAGUAGCGUCAGCGUCGUCGAGCCCUCCUCACUGAAGACCGUCCCGAAGCCCUCGGAGCUCGAGGUGGCUACGGCAUGCCCACCCUCUCCCGCUUCUGACUCCUCAGAGCCAUUUGUGACGAGCGAGGCCGAGCAACCUUCGGAAGAGCACCAGGGAGCGGCAGAGGAGAUCGUGUCCUCAGCGGUCGCGAUGGCGGUCAAAGAUGCCGUCUUUAGCGAGGACACUGUCGCGACCGAGUCCGCCGCCUUCGCCGCCGACACCGCCGCCGAGCCCGACGCCACUGAGACCAACGCCACCGCAAUAUUUGGCACCGAGCCCGACGCCGAGCCCAUCGCCGCCGCCCCCGAGGCAACGUCGGCCGAAUACACACAAGAUUCGGAGGAUGCCGUGGCCGGCGCCGCGGCGCCAGAGGCGCCAAUUGCAGAGGAGGCAGCAAAGACAGAGGAGGCAUCGGAGGGGCCAGCGACGACAGCGGAGGCUCUCGAGGAGCAAGUGGCGGAGACGCCGGAGGCUCCCGCCGAGGCGGCAGCGGCGUCUUCACACGAGGCCGAGGCUCUGCGGCCCGAGGAGUCAGCAGCGGAGGCUGCUGAGGCGCCGGAGGAGGCCGCAUACAAGGCGCCGCAGCCCGAGGAGCCAACGGAGGCUGAGGCGCCGGUGGAGGCGACGGCAGAGGAGGCGGCGCAGCCCGAGGAGCCAACGGAGGCUGAGGCGCCGGUGGAGGCGACGGCAGAGGAGGCGGCGCAGCCCGAGGAGCCAACGGAGGCUGAGGCGCCGGUGGAGGCGACGGCAGAGGAGGCGGCGCAGCCCGAGGAGCCAACGGAGGCUGAGGCGCCGGUGGAGGCGACGGCAGAGGAGGCGGCGCAGCCUGAGGAGCCAACGGAGGCUGAGGCGCCGGUGGAGGCGACGGCAGAGGAGGCGGCGCAGCCCGAGGCGGCGCCGGAGGAGUCGGCACCGGAACUCGAGGCGCCGAAGCCCGAGGAGGCGGCGGAAGCACCCGCAGAGGAGGAGGCGCCGCAGCUCAACCUGUUGCAGUCUUUCGCCAAGACGGUGAGCAAGCUCUUCUCGCCGCGCUCCGAAGGGGCGGUCGAGCCGGAAGCGGUGGCUGCUGAGCCGGACGUGGCCGCCGAGACGGACGCGGCGGAGGAGAAAUGCGACGAUGCGGUCGGCGCGGAGGUGUCCACCGUGUCCCCGCUGGUCCAGAUCGUGUCGCCUCGCACCUCGAUCCUCAAGGCGAGCGGCUGGGUGCAAAACUCCGAGUCCUUCCUCUCCAACCAGACGUCCGAGGCGAGCUCCGAGUCCGAGGCGGAGAGAGCGCUCGACAGCGCGCGGGCGGGCGGCGAGUUUGUGAUGCCCUUGCCGGAGCCGGCAACGUUGCCAGGCCCAUGCGGCGCCGUGAUGAAUGUGCUGCGCGACACUGGGAUGCAGACCACGAAUCGGCUGUACGAGCUCGUGCAGGACCGCUACCCCGGCGUGGUGCCGCACAAAAAACACCUCAAGCGGAGGGUCCUGAUGGACGCACUGAGGAACAAGGUCAUCAAGGUGCGCGCCACACCGGAGGCUCGCUUCAAAGACCACUGGGCAAUCCGGAGGCACGGCCAGAUUCGCGCCGCCUCCUCGCGCCGGAAGAGGUGGGGAUCGCCGAAGCGCUCCAGAGGACCGAACCACAACAAGAACCUGCCCGCUCUCUCGUAA